AUUUGAUGCACAAUUGCUUCUGAAUAGCUUCAACAUACAUUUAAGAUCUGGACUUCGAAUAUUGAGAUGUACUCGUAAAAUUAAGUAAUAGUUCUGACAAGUAAUAUUUGUGCAGUCAUUAACCACAGUCUUUACUUAGAAAUGGUGUACAUUUUGUUUGUCACGUAACAAUUAGGUAGAGGAAAUAUAAAUUCAGCGACAGCCAAAUGUGGAUCUCAGAGUUUCUCCUACAAUGGUACUGUGCAAACGGUUGGGAUGCUCACUACUACGACGUCUGCUAUAGUUGGCUAUGCAGCAACUUUUUGUAAUAUUUGUGAUAAGUUCGAUUGUGUUUGUUUCAGUUAUCAUUGCGCGCCCAAUAAUGUUAAAUAUUGAAUCCGCUCACAAUACAAUUUUGUCGUCUGCUUUGAAAAAAGCGGAGGACAAGGAUGUUAAAUUAUCAGACAAUAAUGGCAAUUUUCAUCGUGGCGGGCACAGUAACGCUUAUGGGAAUUUAUCCGUGACUCCGGAGUUUAUGAUGGAAUUAUAUGAAAAAAUGUCAAAAUCUAAUUUCCUCUCAAGAGAGGCGGAUACCAUACGGAGCUUCAAAAAUAUUCCAAUUACAGCUCGAGAGGGUCCCAGUCAAACACCCGUGCAGCGCCAUGUGAACAGCCACGUACAUUCCCUCGUGUUUGACAUUUCCGCCCUAGACCGGAAGGAGCGCGUGAACAGGGCGGAACUGCGCCUCUUCACGCUCAUUCGGCCCGAUCGCCGCUCAUAUAUCGGCGUUAGUCGAGAGGUCGCCAUUUACGAACUUAUGGACUUUGGUGCAAGCACCAACAGUGGUAGAGAGCUGAAAUAUAUCAAAUUGACUUCAAGGUACAUAUACAACUCAGUUGACAACGCGUGGGAAAGUUUUGACGUGACUGACUCUGUGAAGAGAUCGGUCCAAAUGGGAUCAACUUUAGAACGAUUGGAAGUGCGAAUACAAAGUGUUUUCUAUGAUUUAUUCAAUGACAACAUGGAUAUUAAUUCAGAUCCAAACGACACGAGACAGCCAGUGCUUAUUGUUUACUCGACUGAUCCAUCCAAAUCUCACAAACAUAGGAAUAAUCGCCAUGACUUUCUUGUUCACGAAAUUGCGUCAAAUGGUGGUGACACUGCGUCAACGCAUUUGGAAGACGAGUAUGAUGAAGACAUAUACGACGAUGACGACGACAACUCUCGAAAUAAACGCAGUAGGCGGCGGGACUGCGCAAGAUGGCCGAUGUACGUGAACUUCGAGGAUCUCAGGAUGCACGAUAUGGUUAUCGCACCCCGAGGAUACAAGGCGUAUCAGUGCGCGGGUAGGUGUUAUGUGCCCCUGAACAAUGACGCCACGAUGCACGCGAUCAUACAGACCAUGAUGCACGAGGAGCACCCGCGAGAGUGGACAUCCGCCUGCUGCGUUCCCAUCAAGCUCGCGCCCAUGUCGCUCCUCUACUACGACAAACGGGGCGUGGUCACAUUUAAGCCUUCCUUUGACGAUAUGGUAGUUGAGAAAUGCGCCUGUCGCUGAUAGCAAGGCGCACCUGUUGGGUGUGUUGCUAGGAAUCGCACGUUCCAAGUGACCUUAACGGAAAUGACUAACCUGGAGAUCAAAUAUGCCUGGCAGAACAAAAACAACAUUAUGUGAUAUCGUUUGUGAUGUAUACGUAAGCAGUAGUGACAAAGUGCUACGUGAUACAUUUCCCAUCAAGACACGUGACAGUAUUAGUGUUGUUAUUGUUUGACCUCUGACUAUUUUAUUCAAAAUGUAAGAAACAUAUUUGAUCUAUGCUAUAAAGACUUAAUCACAGUUUUGUUCUUUCUUUUGAUACAACUUAGUGUUAUGAUGGAUGUUUUCAAUCUUAAAGUAAUUCCAAAACGUCAUGGGUGAAAGAAAAGAAGGCUCCUUAUCAACUUAACUGAUAUUGUCAAUGAAUACAAUCUUCAGGUAAUUGGUUUAUCUCUCGUUCACACGUCAUGUAGUUUCACUAAAACGUUUAGACAUAAUUGAAUUAAAAUUACGGUAAAAUCUAGAGAAAAAUAUGAUGAAUACAUCGAAAAAUGCUUGACUUUUAUCAGAAUCAUUAGACAACGUAAUUUUAUGGUUAUUUCAACAUUAAUAUUAAAAAUUAACAUGAAUGUACAGACUUCAUAUGAAGCUGAUCGUGGCGCUGUUUACAUGCAAUUAUCCGCUCACGUAAUGUGCUUCUUAACGAAGGCUACACAACUAUGUUUAAUUGUAACGAGUAUAAUUUU